UGCAAAACCAUUUCACGCGCAAAACACACGAGCUCUUCAAGACAGCAAGUAAAAACGUACCCAAAACGCGUAAUUAAUAUAAACCAAAAACACUAAAGCUGAGGCACCGGAAUCUCGGACUCUCCGGCCGAAAUCCGCUGACAAUUCCCCGCCGAGAUCUCGACCUCGAACCUGAUCCGAUCCGAAAUGGCUCCCGUAUCGGCUUUGGCCAAAUACAAGCUCGUGUUCUUGGGGGACCAGUCCGUGGGCAAGACCAGCAUAAUCACGCGCUUCAUGUAUGACAAGUUCGACAACACCUAUCAAGCUACAAUUGGUAUCGAUUUCCUGUCGAAGACUAUGUACCUUGAAGAUCGAACAGUCCGGUUGCAGCUCUGGGAUACUGCUGGGCAGGAAAGGUUCAGGAGUCUCAUUCCAAGCUAUAUCAGGGAUUCCUCUGUGGCGGUCAUUGUAUUCGAUGUUGCAAGCAGACAGUCAUUCUUAAACACUUCCAAAUGGAUUGAAGAGGUUCGCACAGAGCGUGGAAGUGAUGUUAUCAUUGUACUUGUUGGCAACAAAACAGAUCUUGUGGAAAAAAGGCAAGUUUCUAUAGAGGAAGGAGAAGCCAAAGCUCGUGAGCUCAAUGUUAUGUUUAUUGAAACUAGUGCCAAGGCUGGCUUCAAUAUAAAGGCACUGUUUCGGAAGAUUGCAGCAGCCUUACCUGGAAUGGAAACACUUUCUUCGACCAAGCAAGAAGACAUGGUUGACGUCAAUCUCAAGUCAAGCAAUGCGGCAGGGACGCAGUCACAACCAGCGUCAAGCGGAUGUGCUUGUUGAUACACAGCUUGGAUCUAUCGAAGCUCCAACUUUGUUGCUGGAUUUCCUUGAUGCGUUUCUAAUCAUAUCAGGUGUCUGUAAAGUUCUAGCUGUCCCUUUUUGUAGCGUCGGACUUUUUUGUUUGGUUGAUUGUUAAAAGAUUUAGGCCCCAUUUGGCUACGUUUUACGAAAAUUAAUGGAACUACUCAGGAACUCUGAAAAGCGAUUGUGUGCC